CUUAAAGCGCGCGUAGUCGAUUCGCGAGAAAAUAUUUUAAAAUUUAUCAGAAAAUAUAAAAAAGACAUCUACAUUUCGAUUUAAUCAAGUUUUAUCAAGAGUUUUACCCAGUUUUUUUUAAUGUUCACUAAAACGUGCUUGGAUCUAUGGAAGGAAGAAGGUAAACAAAUAGGUAUCGUAACCUUUUGUAGAGACCUGGAUCAGGCCAUCGGAACCGGGAUAACUGUCGGUAUGAUCACCGAGUUUUGCGGUCCACCCGGAAGCGGAAAGACCCAAAUGUGUUUGCAGUUAUGCAUCAACGUUCAAAUUCCUCUCCAGCUCGGAGGGCUAGGCGCAAAGGCCGUUUAUUUUGAUACGAACGUUGGGUUCCAUCCACUCAGACUAGAAGAAAUAGCUACCGCAUGCGUUAGACAUUGCCAAAAAGUGGUUCUAACUAACAAAGGAGAACUGGCAUCAGCCACAAAUAAUUUCACUGUCGAUAGCUUAAUGGACGGAGUUUACUACAAGCACAUACAUGGGAUCGACGAGAUGCUGGAUGGAAUUGAUACUCUGGAAAAGCUAUUCAAAGUGGGCGACAAGAUUAAGCUGGUGGUGAUAGAUUCAAUAUCCUUUCUCAUCAGAAACAAUAUUGAAAGCACACUAGAAAGAAUAAGAGUGGAUCACAUCAUACUUACCAAGCUUCACGUUCUUGCUCAGCGGUACAAGUGUGCCAUAGUCAUCACCAACGACGUGACAACUCGAUUUAACGGACAAGACGGUAGCAGAAUUGUUCCUGCCCUCGGGGAUGCCCACAGCCACAAAAUUAACCAACGAAUAGUGCUUGGGCAGGGAAUCGAUGAUCAACCUGGGUUGGGUAUAGCGUCAAUCGAUAAGGGUCUAUUUCGGACACGCAUGGCGGUUAAGUUUCAAAUUAGCCAAGACGGUAUUAGGGGUGUGAAAAAGAGGUGAUAUUUACUACGGA